AUGCUGGCCUCUGUGGGACAAGGGUACAAUACAGCUCUGCUGCUCCAGGGCCGGGAAACAAUGGCACACUGGUUUGUGCCUCAGGUCCUGCAGGUACUGUUUGAGGAGGCUCUGCCUCUCUGUGGCUCUGGUCCUGUGCUUUGUACUCUCAGUCUGGUGCAGAUUAGCCCAAGUGGGCAGACUCAGGACCUGCUCUCACCAUGUCUGGAGGACCUGCCAGUACUGGAUGUGACCCCUCUGGGCUUGGUGGUGAAAGAUGCCCGUGAAGUGGAGGUGUCUGACGCCCGAGCUGCCUCUGAGUUGUACCUGAAGGCUGCUGGGCAUGAAGCCAGAGACUGCCCCCUGCUUCGAGUGCUGGCUGGUGAGGCUGCUGGGGAGGAGGAGGGCUCUCUGCCCUGGAUUGUCUCCUGGCUCCUGGAGGGAAACAGCUAUAGUAGCUUACUUCUUCGUCUGGACCCACAAGGUAGCUCCCCGACUUUGCUCCAGGCCGCUCUGUUGGGGGCCUCAGGAAAGAGGGUGCAGGUGAAAGAGGUGAGGCCCACCUUGUGGAAUGCAGUAGAGGAGAUGAGGGCCCGCAGGGACACUCUGAAGACACUUCGUUCAGUCCUUCUUGGAGACAUUUUGACAGAUGGUGGGUUGAGCCAAUUUGAAAGGGCACUCUGGGAGCUACAGGUGGUAAAAGCCUGGGGACCAAGAAGCCAUGCACCCAACGGGGUUAGAGCUGAAGCUGUGCAGCUCCCAGAGCCACAGGUGAAAGGUGAGCCACCGAGCUACAGUAUGCAGGGAAGACAUUUCACUCACUUUUCAGAGGCAGGAAGAGGAGGAUUUUUAGGGUCUGGGUUCCACCAAACACAUCCUCUCAGGCACUCUGAGGAACAGGCCCAUCAGGCCCCAGAUGUGGCCCUGCAGUUCUUUCUGGCCCAGGCACGGAGGCAGAGACUUCGAGAGCAAUACCGGAUUUGGAUCCAGGAAGAGCUGAAACACGUGGAACAUCAGGAGGGAGGAGCCUGUAAACAGAGCAAAGGAAUGGUGGCAGAAGAGGCUUGUGAGGAGGGAGAGACACAGUGGAAGGAGCGGACAGUGCUGAAACUUCAAGUGGAAGCCCUGCAGGCAGAACGGGACAUGGCAGAGCAUGAUCUGGUGGCCCUCUAUGACUUGUAUGUACAGGCCACCAGAGCUCGGACAUGCCACUUGCUGCAGGUUUUCCAAGCCUGGCAGGGGCUGUGGGAGGAGAAGGCCAUGGCCACAGAACACCAUCACCGCAGUCUGCUGGCUGGAGUCCUCCAAGACACCAUUGAUCUGGCCUUGAGGACCCAGGAGCUCCAGUCCAGGAACCAGCAGCUUGAGCAGAGUGCCGAUUGUGCUGGAGUUCUGCCUGGAGAGGAACCUGACCAGGGACGCUAUGGGGCUACUUUCCGUUGUCCUCAUUCAUGAGGGCCACAGAAGGGAGAGGAAGGUGGGGCAUAUCAAUGAAGAUGGCCCUCGUUACAGGCAAUUACCACCAUCUAACCAUG